AUGCCACUACAGGCAGCCCACGGAGGCGACACGCACGCUGGCGGUCCUAGAACUCCGGAUGAUCCCAGGACGCCGUCUUUCCCAAGGAGGGAUUUCAGCAUGCCCAGGCGCGUGCGUUUUUGUCCCUCCCCGGCUGCAGACCUGGGCCCCUCCUGGCCGCCCCGGGCAGCUUGCCCAGGUGGCCUGAGUUCCAUGGCUGAGGUCCGGCCACACCUUUCCUGGGGCUCUCGUGGGCUGCCCGCUGGGCGUGCCAACAAGAAGGGGAGAGGCCGCCCAGCCUGCCUGGCAUCCACCUGCCCCUUCCCAGCCGUGCCUUUGGCUGCUGUGGACCUCAGGGCACUGCUUGGCCUGCGGGGGCCACAGAGCCCGAGCCUGUCCUUGCGGCCCCUGGGCACAGCAGCCUUGGGCACCAGGGACUGA